UCGGAAAAAUUAAAAAAUCUCCGCAUCGAAGUGAAAAAGGCGAAUGAAAGAAAGAGUCUUCUUUCUGAUAGCCUGAAACGAAAGGGGAAAACCCUAAAUUUUAGCUUUCUAGCAGCUUUUCCAUAACAGUAGGAGCCACCGGAAUCAUGAGGGGAACGAAACGGUUCGCUGCAUCAAAGUCUGUGCAGGACGGGAACGAUACAGUUCUCAACAACAAAAGAAUAUUGGCGGGUUCUCUUUUUGAUGUUCAUAGGGCAGAACCAUCCCAACAACAGUCAUUGGUAGCACCAGUGUUGGAUGUGCAACGAGCUGAAUUGUCUCGACAGCAUGUCAGAGCUCUCAAUACCCAAUUUGCAAGUUGGGUGCAAAUGCAAUUGACGAAUCAUCCUGAUGAACUAUGGGAAGAUGGUGUUCGAGACUACCUUGCUCAUGCUUCUAACAUUAUGAAUGAGUUCAGUGACAUUGUUAGCUGGCUCAAAGCAAAUACAGCUAAAGCAAAUACAGCUAAAGCAGGAACAUUGACUGCAUCUGAAUCUCUUAUUAGUGGAAAAAAGCUUGUGGCUGAAACUACAAAUAAGGAAACGACCAUAGUUAAGGAGAAAAGUGGGUAUACUCCAGUGAGUAGCAAUGCAAGCUUUACAGCUUCAUGGAGCUCUGGAGUGUUCUCCAGCAGCCAAAGUUCUGGAACAUCCUCAAACAGUCAGAGUGCCGGAUCGUUUUCCUACAGUCAAAGCUCUGGAUUGUUCUCCAACAGUAAAAGUUCUGGCUUGUUUCCUAACAGUCAAAGCUUCGGGUUGUUCUCAAACAAUCAAACCUCUGAAGGGUUCUCAAACGGUCUAAGUUCAGGAUUGCUCUCCAAUGGUCAAAGCUCAGGGGGGUUGUCCUAUACUCAAAGCACUGGAUUAUUCUCGAACAGUCAAAGCUCGGAGUUGUUCUCCAACAAUCAGAGCUUUGGAUUUUCCUCCAGUAACAACAAUCAAAGCUCUGAAACAUUCCCCAGUACUCAAAGCUCUGGAUUAUUCUCUUUUAGUCAGAGCUCUGGAGUAUUCUCCAACAAUGGAGGUACAAGCUCUGUUCCUGUAAACACUAAUGCAUCAAUUGAUGGCGAGGAUGAAAAUGAUUUGCAGCGGCCAAGCAGCCCAUCUGUAAAGAAGGCUGAAGAAAAGGGCAUUAUUGUUGUCCAUGAAGUUAAAUGCAAGCUCUAUGUCAAGUCGAGUGACCCAACGGAUAAAGACACAUGGAAAGAUAAAGGCACAGGUCAGCUUUCCAUAAAAUGCAAGGAGGGAGUUAGCAAGGGCACAAAAGAAUCCAACCCGACCAUUCUGGUUCGAAAUGAUGUGGGAAAGUUGUUGCUUAAUGCUUUGCUGUAUUCAGGAAUAAAGACAAGAUUACAGAAGAAUUCCCUCGUGGCCAUAUUUCAUACUUUGGAUGAUAAUGGUGGCAAUGACAAUGUUGUGGCACGUACUUUCUUGAUUAGGACAAAAACUGAGGAGGAUACAAAUAAGCUUGCAACUGCCAUCCAAGAAUAUGCACCUGCAUCAUGAUAAGUAUCUAUCAGUGCAACAUCAUGUAACAUUGAAAUCGGACAAAUGUUAAUUACUCUUGGAUGAAAGCCAUUUUUUUCCAUAUAAUUUAUUCACUGAGAUAUCUCCAUGCCAUGUCUUUGAUAUGAAGCUAGACAGAAAAGUUUCAUUAGGUGGGGUGGGGACCGAAAAUAAUCGGAGGGAAAUUUUCUGGAUGUUAGGCUGCAUGAAAUUAUGGUCCAGGAGGCAGCAGUACUUGUACCAUAUGAGAGGAGUGAAAUUUUUUUAUGAAGCUAUCAAAAGUAUAAACUAGAAUCCCUUUAUGAGUUGGAUGAUCAUUCAGAGUUGGUUGCG